AUGGCGUCGCUACGAGUUCCUUACAAAGCAGUCGACAAUGUCGAAAUUCCCACUGACAUCUACCUGCCCUCAAAUGCCUUGUCCAGGCCUGCGCCUGUCCUGAUCAUGAUCCAUGGUGGCGCAUUUAUGCUCGGCCACGCAGGUAUCAACAGCAAAGACCAGAUCCAAGACUGUACAGAAAGAGGUUGGAUCGUACUUGCAAUCGAGCACCGACUCUGCCCGGGUGUCAACGUCUUCGAAGGACCCAUGACCGACGUGCGUGAUGCCUUAUCAUGGGCGCAAAACGGUGGUCUUGCAAAGGCGCUAACAGAAAAUGGGAAAAAUGUCAAUGUCGACGCAGAGAGGGUCAUGGUGAUGGGCACAAGUUCCGGUGGUCAUCUCGCUUUAUCUACGGCAUGGAACGCCUACAAACCACCCCUAGCAAUCCUAGACUUCUACGGCGCAAAAUGUUUCUCUGAUCCCUUCUGGACCAAGCCAAUGCCAGACAUGCCCAAGCCCUUCUACGACCCUCUAUCCGAACCAGACGUUAAAGCCGUGUACGACGAAAAAGUAGUUUUCAUCGGCGGCAUGUCUCUUGAGGGCCAGGCUUCUGAUCCAAACCACCCGAACCCUAAGCAACGACAGGGCUUUGCUAUGCAUCAGAUUGCAACAGGCAACGUUAUCAAGGUCAUAUGGCCGUCUUACCCCCACAGUCUGGAGAAGAUUGAUCCGGUUCUGAAUGUCAGUGAGAAGUGGCCGCCUACGGCUAUUGUGCAUGGCACGGCUGACGCUACGAUUCCGAUGCGUUUGAGCAAGGAUUUCGAGAAUAAAUUGAAGGGGAAAAGUGUGAAAACGGCGUUCUUUGAGGUUGAGGGCGAGCCGCAUACUUUUGUGGGGAAGAUGGUCAAGGGGAGUCGGACGUGGGAUACGCAGAGGAAGGGGUUUGAUUGGUUGGAGGAGCGGUUGAGGGAGUCGUACAAGGUCUAG